AUGAAUUAUCGUGCAUGGAAUCAUCGUUGCUGGUUAGUUUCUUACAUGUCACUGGAUCAGGUACUGCAUGAGUUCAAAAAAUCUCAAGAUUGGGCUGGAUUACAUGUUGCCGAUAACUCUUGUUUUCACUACCGUACACGGUUAAUGCUCAGAAUGUUGGAGGAUUCAUGUCAUAGACAGGAUUCUAUAGCAUGCUUCAGUUACUGUGCAGAACUUUAUGAAGUGUGGAAGGAAGAGCUCAAUUGGAAUGAGAUGCUAAUAAAACGCUAUAUAGGAAGAGAGGCUUUGUGGCUUCAUCGCCGCUUCCUCUCCAUAUGUUGGAUAAAUCAUUUUGCAAGAACCAGUACCGGCGAUGUGUCCUGCCAUAUUGAUCACAAAAUUGGCAGACAUUGCAACUUUGAUAUGUUUAUGAAUAAUGAAUUACAACUCUUCCGCUCCUGCACAACUAUUGUUGAUGAUGACUUUGAGGAUUAUCAAGCGCAGGCAACGUAUUCCGCCAUUUACAUAUUGUGGCUCACAAAGCAAAUAUCACCCCGUUUUGGAUUUGAGCUUCAAAAAAAACUACGAGCAGGUGAGCUGGAGAUACUGCUUAGUAAGGUCUCAGAAAAGACCUCCGUUUGGGAUUUUUUAGGCGUGGAAUGUGGAAGCAAAUAACCUUUGUAGCAUGAUUUGGGUUGUCCUAUUCUUGUGGUAAAUGUAAUGUCUUGGCGCUCUGAGCUUAUUUUAACGAGUGUCAACCAUGCAUAGUCUGAACUACAUGAAAAGCUGUUACCAUCUUGCAUUCAAAACACUUCUAACCGAACUGACAAUUUGUAUAAAGAUGACAGGAACGCCAGAUAAGUUUUAUCCAAAAUGAAAAUUGAAAUUCCAUCUUAGAAACAAAAGUAUU